AUGUCAUCACCUAUCCGCACGUAUGGACGUGCUUCAGACUCCUCGCCUCCACCAUCCUUUGCAGGAAGCAGUAUUGAAUUUGGAUCUCAACUUCCCUCACAAGGAGGAGGAGAAGCUGCGUUUGGUGUAAGUAGUGAAGAUACACAUGAAGAAGUACAAGAUGGAAUGGCAUUGAAAAGACGUGUAGUGGGGAGAGUGAAGAAAGUGGAUGAUGUUACUGGUGAAAAAGUAUGUGAAUCGUUUGAAGCGUUUCUGGAAGAGUUCCAAGUGGAAGGUGAUAGAGUGUAUCGAUCUCAAAUUGAGUUUAUGAAAAUAUAUGAUUUGAAUACGUUGUAUGUGGAUUAUGGACAUUUGUCGAUGAGAGAAAAUGGUGCAUUAGCAAUGGCUAUCUCUGAACAAUAUUAUAGAUUUUUACCAUUUUUGGAGAGAGGUUUGAGAAGGGUGGUGAAGAAAUAUGCACCAGAUUUGUUACAAAGCAAUGACAGUGUUGGAGAAGGGAGUGUGGAAAGAGUGUUUCAAAUCAGUGUGAUGAAUCUACCUGUGGUACAAAGGAUUCGGGAUAUCCGAUCGAACAAGAUUGGUUCAUUGUUGAGUAUUUCAGGGACUGUGACUAGAACAAGUGAAGUCCGUCCAGAAUUGUACAAGGCGAGUUUCACAUGUGAGAUGUGUCGAAAUGUUGUGGAUAAUGUUGAACAAUCAUUCAAAUAUACAGAGCCAAGUUUCUGUCCGAAUGCGAUGUGUGAAAACCGUGGGUUUUGGAGUUUGAAUUUGAAUCGAUCCAAAUUUCUUGAUUGGCAAAAAGUGCGUAUCCAAGAGAAUUCGAACGAGAUCCCCAGUGGGUCGAUGCCGCGUACUCUUGAUGUGAUCUUACGUGGGGAGAGUGUGGAAAGAGCGAAACCUGGUGAUCGAUGUAGGUUUACUGGGACGGAGAUUGUCAUUCCAGAUUUGACACAGUUGGGUCUUCCUGGGAUCAAGGCAAGUAGUAGUAGAGGUGGUGGAGAAGCCAGGAGGAAUGAUGGAGUUGCCACGCAAGGUGUGAGCGGAUUGAAAUCGCUUGGUGUGCGAGAUUUGACGUACAAGAUUGCGUUUUUGGCAUGCCAUGUCAGUGGUAGCGAAGGUGAACAAGGUCGACUAUUUGGUAAGGAAACAGACGAUAGUGCUCCGGACCAAGAAGUGUUUUUAAAUUCUUUGAGUUCGGAUGAGAUCAACGAAUUGAAAGAGAUGGUUAAGGAUGAGAAUGUUUAUUCGAAAUUGAUUCAAUCGAUUGCACCAGCGGUGUAUGGCCAUGAGAGUGUGAAAAAGGGGCUGUUGCUACAAUUGCUUGGAGGUGUUCAUAAGAGUACGGUGGAGGGGAUAAAACUAAGAGGGGAUAUUAACAUUUGUGUUGUAGGAGAUCCGUCGACUUCGAAAUCGCAAUUUCUCAAGUAUGUGUGUGGGUUUGCUCCUCGUGCUGUCUACACCUCAGGUAAGGCGUCAUCUGCGGCGGGUCUUACUGCUGCGGUGGUACGAGAUGAAGAAGGUGGUGAUUAUACGAUUGAAGCCGGUGCGCUGAUGCUUGCAGAUAAUGGGAUCUGUUGUAUUGAUGAAUUUGACAAGAUGGAUAUUCCCGAUCAAGUUGCGAUCCACGAAGCCAUGGAACAACAGACGAUUUCGAUUGCCAAGGCAGGGAUCCAUGCUACGUUGAAUGCAAGAACGUCGAUCCUGGCGGCAGCCAAUCCAAUUGGAGGCAGGUACAAUCGUAAGUUGAGUUUGCGAGGUAAUUUGAACAUGUCUGCGCCAAUCAUGUCGAGAUUCGAUCUAUUCUUUGUGGUCCUGGAUGAUUGUAAUGAGAAAGUGGAUACGGCGUUGGCAGCUCAUAUUGUGGAUUUACAUACUCGGAGAGACGCGGCUAUCCAGCCUCCGUAUAGUGCAGAUCAAUUGCGGUGCUAUAUCAAAUACGCGAGAACGUUUAAGCCGAUCCUGGGGGAUGCUGCGGCAAAAUUGUUGGUGGACAAGUAUGCUCAAUUACGUAGGGACGAUGCACAAGGCUUAGCAAGAAGUAGUUAUAGAAUUACAGUCAGACAAUUGGAAAGUCUUGUGAGAUUGAGUGAAGCGAUUGCUCGAGCCAAUUGUGUGGAUGAAAUCACGCCUGGGUUUGUUGCAGAAGCUUAUGAUUUAUUGAGACAAAGUAUCAUUCGAGUGGAUGUGGAUGAUAUUGAUUUGCCAGAGGAUGAAGAGAAUGGCGAAACUAAUGGUCCCAACGAGGGGGCUAUUACAGAGGAGGGGGCUAUUGCAGAGGAGGGGGCUAUUGCAGAGGAGGGGACUAUUGCACAUCCCGACACGAAUGGCCACAAUGCUGAACCGUCGCUACCAUCGUCCAAGAUUAGUUUACCGUAUGAACAAUACGUGUCUAUGAUGCAAAUGCUGGUAAGACAUGUUGGUGCAUGUGAGAGACGUGGCCAAGAAGUAGACGCUCAACAACUGGUGGAUUGGUACUUGUUACAAAGAGAAGGAGCCUUGUCUAGUGAAGCCGAGUAUUGGGCAGAAAGACGAGUUUGUGGUAGGGUUCUUAGACGGCUGGUGAAAGAUCGAGUGUUGAUGGAGAUCCGCGGCCACGCCGAGGCUGGCGAAAGUGGAGGGGCGUCACGUGCACGGACGGUGUAUGUUGUGCAUCCGAACUGUGAGCUGGGCGAGGCCAGUGAGGAUGAAAGCGAGGGGGAGAAUGUGGAGGGGAAUUAG